AUGGUCCCGCAGGUCCAAGCGUGCGGCCCCGCGUCUCGGGGGCGGCGGCGCGGGCGGGCCAUGCCUGGGGACACCCUGUCGCUGUGGGAACUGGUGGAAGAGCACGUUCCGCUCCCGGAGCGGCCCGAAGUGAAGAGGAUUCUAGGGGAGACGACGGUGGAUCUGAGCCUGGAACUUCGGGCAGAGGUGGUGACGUUACGAUCAUUGCUCCAAGAGGCUCGAUCUAUCCAAGCCCCAGGAUCGCGCCCCACCUCUGACCUCUCCUCCCUUCUGGCACCACCGCCGCUCGUAAGAGAUCUUGUGCGCCAGGAACUGCGGCAGCUGCUCCAAGGUCUCCGCCGGAAGGCCAUCUGUGAGGGCAGGGACCAGACCCAGGCUUGGGUCCAGUAUAGCCCUAGGGUCCUGCGCUUUGCUUUGGAGGAGCCCAGGCAUGAUUUGCCAGAAAAGGAGAUGUUCCAGAUGAGAGCUGGUGAACCCAGCAGCUGUCACCAGGACCUCAGUGUCAUCAAGGACCAGCUGAACAUGUCCCACAUCGACCAGGUUGCUGGACACCUGCGGGCCCUCCUGGAGGAAGAGUGCCGUGCGCUGGAGAGGGAGAUUCCCAUCCUGCAGCGCUGCCUGGAAGACGAAUAUACAGGGGCCCCUCGGUCUUCUGAGGCAAGCCUAGAGCCCACCCUGGCAGAGCUAAAGGAACAGAAGGCAGCCAUGCAACAGGAGCUGCAGUCACCCCUGAGGCCUUCCUGUGUCUUCCCCAGCCACAGGCCACAGCCCUUUGGGUCCUCCAGCCAGGGCCCUGGACCCCUGUCUUGCCUCCACGGGGCUGCUGGAGUUUGGGCCAGCCCUCUCCAGUGCUGCCUGCCUGCUCCUCCUCUGGAGCACUGCCCCAAACCUCGCGGCCUGGCCUCCACCUGCCGCUGGGGAAGGAAGAUUCAGUGCAGCCCCGGGAAAAGGCCAGCUUCUACUCCGGUGUCCAGUGCAGCGCCCCAGGCCCCAACCUGA